CCGGGGUGCUCUGGAGAACGCACUGAAAGGACACGCGAGCAGUAUCAGACAGAUCCACAGGGAUCAAGUGGUUCCAAUGGAGCAAGCAAUGAGUACACUGAGUCAGAGCAUCAAGCAGCUGCAGAGGAUGUCCAACGACCUGACGGUUAAGGCCACGAAUAUCCUGAGUGCCAUCGAUGCAGCAGAAUACCUCAUCACUCAUAACGCCUCCCAUGUGGUGAAAAGGGAAACCAAAGGCUACACGGAGAACUUGGUGGGAUACUUCAAACAGUACACAGCAUGGGUUAAACAUUCGUUGAGUUCAGAGGUGGCCCAGUGUAAACCCAUCAGUAACAUUGUGGACAGCAUGGAGAUUGUAGGCUGCAGCUUCAUAGUGGAUUCAGUGAACACAUUCUGGUUUGGUCUGGGAGGCUGCUGUGUCCUCCUGAUCCCCAGCAUCAUCGUUUCUGUCAAACUGGCAAAGUAUUACAGAAGGAUGGACACAGAAGAUGUCUUUGAAGAUAUCUCUCCCUAUCCCAACACUCUGACCCGGUUCCCUCGGGCCUCGGCUCCUCCGAGCUACGCCGACAAGGACGGAUCUCCUUGAUGAGCGGACAAGAGGGCUGGAACUGAAAUUCCCCUCGAGGAUUUCUGGACAUUCCAGUUCUCUCCAUUCAGAUCUUAUAACACGUCGGAAGAUCAAAAAGAAGAACAACAAUUAGGAACUGUGUGGUGAGGCGUCCCACCCCCCAGUGCCCCUUCAAGCCAUUGGACAAGGACCUCAGAUGCCAACCAACUGUAAUUUAUAAAGUGUUAUUUCAUUCACAUCAGCACCGCAGCCGUCCUUCUAGUGUUUCAUACUAUAGAUCAUCAACUAUCACAGAAAUGUUCCUGCAUAGCUAGAUUUUCCUGUAGAUAAUUCAUUUGUUUGUACCUACAUUAUCACCUUUACCAUGGUGACACAAGUGUACAUUUUUUUACACUUUCAAAACCUUUGAAAGUUUUAUAUACUUUUGUUAAUGUUUGUUUUAUAACACAUAAGUAGUUUUUUAUAGGGGUAGCUUUUUCUUUUCUUGGUCAAUAUUUGUAAUGUAGCUUGCAUUUUUUGUACUCGACAAGUUGAAACGACCAAAGAAUCAUUGAUUCGCUUUCUUGUUGAGAGUUAGAUAAAAAGAUGGCACUCUCGUGUCUUUUAGUUAAAUACCAGGAUCCAGUAGGAAUAGCAAUCAAUAUCGCCAUCAAUGAAACCACUAGCAUGAUGGAAGAACACAUUCAUUUUCAUGGUGGCUAUGUUCUGGACUCGGGGUAGGACUGAUCCAUUUCCCUGGCACAGAAAGCUGAGGUAGACAAAUAUGAGAUAUGAAGGGGGUCAUUGGAGUUUGCCCAUCCGGUCUACAUUGGUUUUACAGACUUUUCUGGAGAAGGCUCGCGAACGUGUCCCUCAACUAGUGUUGGUUGUGUGUUCAGCUGGAAUAGAAAGCUGUGUCCAUAUGUUCGACACAAAUUCAAACCCGUUUCCAGUCCAGCCCCGCGAUUUAGAUCCUCCCCAAACUUGCUGUAAUGAGUGAGCUUCAGAGGAUGUGGUGUGUGGAAUUUGCUCCACUGGUCAGAGCAAGGCUAAGUCAUUUUGCUAAGCUAACGUUGUCAAUGGUGUAGCUUCAGGGCUAGUAUACAGACAGGAUACUGAUAUUGAUCUUCUCAACUAACCUUCAGCAAGAAAGCGAAAAAAACGUUUUUGAAGGUGGAAACUGGAGGUUCUUGUUAAUUGUUUAAAACCUUGAGACAUCAGUCCAGAAUUAAUCAUGGUCCAUCAGGAUGUAAAGAGUUUCUAGCUUUUCAACAGACACAUGAGUUACAAACCCAGCAAGGUUUCAAGACAGCUAACAAACAAAAUAUUGUGUCUCCAUUUUUUACCAGACCAUUAGAGACCACUAGUUGCUUGUGUUUUGUUUUUUUUCUUCACCAUCCUGGGGUUGGGAUAAUACAAAUCCCAGAAGCCUCUUUGGUGAAAGAGGCCUGUUUGAGGAACAAAGCGUACACACAAAUAUUAUAUUACAGCUGGAGUCUGUGGUGAA